AUGAACUCUCCGAUCUCAACCGGGAACUUGCUCAACAGACAGAUAAUGGGCGCAUACCGAAAACAUCACAUCUCACUCAACAGCCCACUACCAAACACCGAAACAAUACCAUCAACUACUACUGCCACACCAACGACACCAGCAACAAUCAGCCUGACCAACGAGCUACCAACGAGCCAGGACAAACCAAUCGAUCAAUCCAAUAACUUGGAACAGCCAUCGACCUCUCUUUCAACCUCAAAACGCAAACUAAAUAUAACUCGCGAAAACCCUAAUCAUUCAGUAAACUCUCCAACGACUAUCAAACGAAGCAAGUCUACAUUCCCCAACCCAAAACAAAACGCAACUACUUCAUCAUCACUUAUCAAGGAUACAACUCCUUCAGUCACCCUCUCAGAUCUGGGAGGGAUCGAUGGUACGGUAGAAAGGCUUCUAGAAUUGAUCGGACUGCCGAUCCUUCAUCCAGAGAUUUUUGAAUUCACCGGCCUCAAACCGAUCAGAGGACUCUUACUAUGUGGCCCCCCUGGUUGUGGGAAGACGAUGCUGGCGAAUGCGAUCGCCAAUCAGUUGGGCGUCCGAUUGAUCAACGUCUCUAGUACUAGUAUCGUCAGUGGAAUGAGUGGCGAAAGUGAGAAAGCGAUUAGGGACAUCUUCGAACAAGCUACUAAACAAGCACCGUGUUUGUUGUUCAUCGACGAGAUCGAUGCUAUCACACCCAAACGUGAAACCGCUCAGAGAGAGAUGGAACGAAGGAUUGUUGCCCAAUUGUUGACUUGCUUGGAUGACCUUUCACUAGAAAAGACCGACGGAAAGCCAGUCAUUGUGAUCGGUGCAACUAACAGACCUGAUAGUUUGGAUCCAGCGCUGAGGAGAGGUGGAAGAUUCGAUCAUGAGAUUUUGAUGGGUGUGCCCGACGAAGCAGCACGUGAACAGAUUCUUCGUGUACUAUGCUCAAAGUUAAAAUUGGUGGAUUCUUUUGACUAUAAGCAGUUGGCGCGUUCCACACCUGGAUAUGUGGGUGCCGACUUGACUGCCCUGACUGCAUCUGCGGGUGUUAUCGCCAUCAAGCGGAUUUUUGAACCGGAUACUAAGCUGGACAAGGCACAUGAUGACAAGAUGAUCAUCGAUCUAACCGAUUCUCCAUCAAAAGAAGAUCUCCCUGCUGUCGAGAUGGAUGCUCAAAACCAAGAACACGAAGCUCCCACAGCCGAUAUAUUCGAAAAUCUACCUAACCACUUACUCUCCCUGCCUAUCAUCAACUUCCUUCGCUCGAACCCCCGCAAAUUAAGCUCAGAGCAACUGGAUCGAAUCCGAAUCAAUCAACUGGACUUUGAACGCGCACUCAAUGAGCUCCAACCUUCGUGCAAACGGGAAGGAUUCUCAACGAUCCCCGACACGACGUGGUCCCAGAUCGGGGCUAUGAAUUCGGUGAGGGAUGAGCUCAAUAUCUCGAUCAUCCAACCGAUCAGAUACCCCGAGAUGUUCGAGAAAAUCGGCAUCUCUUCUAGCUUUGGCGUCCUCCUUUGGGGCCCUCCUGGCUGUGGUAAAACUUUGGUCGCCAAAGCUGUUGCCAAUGAAAGUCAGGCAAACUUCAUCUCAGUUAAAGGUCCAGAAUUACUCAACAAGUAUGUUGGUGAGAGUGAGAAGGCAGUGCGACAGGUAUUCAUCAGGGCCAGAGCUUCUGCUCCCUGUAUAAUCUUUUUUGAUGAACUCGAUGCAUUGGUUCCCCGGCGGGACGAUAGUUUAUCCGAAAGUUCAUCCAGGGUAGUCAAUACUCUUCUCACCGAACUAGAUGGCCUUGAGCCACGUAAGCAGAUCUAUGUGAUUGGGGCGACAAACCGGCCGGAUGUGAUGGACCCGGCGAUGGUUCGGCCUGGCCGACUUGACAAGAUGAUCUUUAUUGACCUACCCGAUCGGCAGGACCGAUGGGAGAUUUUCAAGACCUUGUCAAGCAAGCUGAAGUUUGAUGAUCAUGCCUCAAAAUCGAUCCAGAAGCUUAUCCAGGACGACCCGCGGUGUGCGGGCUACAGUGGAGCGGAUAUUGGUGGUUUGAUCCGCGAAGCGGCGCUGAUCCAGGUGCGCAAACAGAUCCGGAAUCGCGUCCGCCUGGAUCCUCCUAUCGACCAGCCUGAUCAACUGGAGACUCAGACCCAGGAGGAACGCUUAGGAAUCACCGACUUCGAGGAAGCUUUGGCGAAGGUCCGGCCUAGCGUCUCUUCGUCUCAGCAUAAACGAUACCGAGCUCUCCAUUCGAAGUUCAAUGGGGUCUCUGCUGGUACACUUAAAGUUCAAGAUCAGGACGACGAUCCUUCAAGUAAACCGGCUCUGGCUUGUCCGCCUUUGCUCUCGUCGUAG